CGGUCACACUUCACGUUAUUUUUAUACAAAUCGGCACAACAAAAAAUUUGCAGAAACUGAAAGCCUAAGAGAACAUAAUGUCCAACCCAGAAACACAGGUAUCCAGUUUGCCUAUGCCGCCAGAGCGGUAUAUUAGCAACUACACGGAAGAAAACAUACGCAGAAACCGGGCACCAAGGCCGCCGCCCCCACCGAGCCAACAUGAAGUCUACAGUAUGUUUGGCAUACAGUACAACAAUGAUGAAAUGAUACGUUCAUUGGAAUCUCAGCAAAUAAAGCGUUUAUUACCCAUACACUAUGAUCGUCGCAAAGAGCUGAAGAAGUUAAAUCAUUCGCUGCUAGUUAACUUCUUGGAUCUCAUUGACUUUUUAAUCCUGAAUCCUGAUAGUCCCAGGCGUACAGAGAAAAUUGACGACCUGAGUUUGCUCUUUGUUCAUAUGCAUCACUUGCUGAAUGAGUUCAGACCUCAUCAGGCUCGGGAGACAUUGCGCGUGAUGAUGGAAAUGCAAAAGCGACAACGUGUGGAAACAGCCAACAGGUUUCAAAAGCAUUUGGAGCGUGUGCGUGAGAUAGUAAACAAUGCGUUUACUGCGCUGCCCUCCCUGUAUGAUGAUAGCGAGAAUGGUGGAGCCAAAAUCAAAAUGGAAGUGGAUCCCUUGGAGUCAAAUGCUGCAGCUAAGAAUGAUCCUAGUUAUCAGCAUGAUCGCAUGCUGUGCAGGCUUGUCGAUGGCAUUGAAUAAGAAUUAACAUAUUUUGUGUAGUAAUGUAAAAUAAGCGUAAAUUGUGUAAUAUAUAAUUAAAUAU